UCAGGCCUUUCUGGAAGCCCAGUGCCACAGUCUGUACUGAGCUCGGCUCAGGAAGGAAGGGAAAUCCAGGCGGGGCCUGUUGGGCCCAGGUCUGGAGUUCUGUUCGCUCCAGAGUUCCCAGCACAGUCAUGGAUCAAAACUCAGUGCCUGAAAAGGCUCAGAAUGAGGCAGACACCAAUAACACAGAUACGUUCUUUCGCUCCCACUCAUCACCCCCACACCACAGGCCAGGCCACAGUGGAGCUCUCCACCAUCAUGGCGUGCCUCAGCGACGUGGUGAAUCUCACCACCCUCCGGAGUUCGAAGACUUCCAUGACCAAGCCUUCUCCUCCCACAUCCACCAAUCUCAACACCACAGUGAGGCAUGGAAUCAUGGCAGAGCCCACGGCCCCACAGGCUUUGGCCUGGCUCCCUCUCAAGGUGCUGUCCCCUCCCACCAUUCCUACGGUGAGGACUACCUUAAUGAGCUCCACCGUGCUGGCAGAAGGCAUCAUGAUGGGUCCCAAUACAGUGGGUUCCAUCAGCAGAAUGACUCCCACUACCAUAAGGAGUCUCACCAUGGCAGACGCCAAUAUCUCGGUGAGAAUUUAUCCCACUAUUCCUCUGGCGUGCCCCACCACCCCAGCGAGGCUUCCCACCAUGGAGCCAAUCCCUACAGUGAGUCCUUCCACCACAGUGAGGCUUCCUACCUUAGCGGGCUCCAACACGACGAGUCCCAGCAUCACCAAGUCUCCCACCAUGGCUGGUCCACCCACCACCAAAGCCACCACCAUGGCAGGUCCCGUCAUCACGAAGCCCACCAGCAUAGAAGGCCUUCUCAUCACGGACAGAUCCUUUCCCCUUAUUCCUUUGUGGGGUCCUACCAGCAUGGGAUAUCUGACUAUCACAGCGAGUACCCCCAUAGUGAGCAUUCCCACCAUGCACAGCACCACCACCGGACCCACCGGCACCGAGACCACCACCAGCACCGAGACCACCACAGUGCGCAUCAUUCCAGUCACCUCUAUGGUGACUACGUCCAGAGCACUUCCCAGCUCUCCAUCCCACAAACGUCCUGGAGUCUGGUUCACGAUGCCUCCGGCCCUGCUGCUUCUCAUACAGGAGCCUUCCCCCCUCACAUGGCACACCCACGGGGCUCGGCCCACAGCAUGACUCGGUCUGUCAGCACAGUCCACUCACGUGCCGCCCAGAGGUCCAAAAAAGUUCAUCCCUGGGAUACCUCCACCAAAGAUUCAGAAGACUGGGGCAAAGAAGAGGGGCAGUUUCGGAGACGCAAAACCGGCCGGCUCCAGCGGACCCACAAGAAGGGACACUCUACUAAUCUCUUGCAGUGGCUGUGGGAAAAGCUAACCUUCCUCAUUCAGGGCUUCCGGGAAAUGAUCCGGAAGCUGACCCAAUCCCUGGCCUUUGAAACCUUCAUCUUCUUCGUCGUCUGCCUCAACACCUUCAUGCUGGUGGCCCAGACUUUCGCUGAAGUCGAGAUCCGGGGCGAGUGGCACUUCAUGGCCUUGGACUCCGUAUUCUUCUGCAUCUACGUGCUGGAAGCCCUGCUCAAGAUCAUCGCCCUGGGUCUCUCGUACUUCUAUGACUUCUGGAACAAUUUGGACUUCUUCAUCAUGGCCAUGGCCGUGCUGGACUUCUUGCUGAUGCAGACCCACUCCUUCGCCAUCUACCACCAAAGCCUCUUCCGGAUCCUCAAGGUCUUCAAGAGCCUGCGAGCGCUGAGGGCCAUCCGGGUCCUGCGGAGGCUCAGAUUCCUGACCAGCGUCCAGGAAGUGACAGGGACCCUGGGCCAGUCCUUGCCAUCCAUCGCAGCCAUCCUCAUCCUCAUGUUUACCUGCCUCUUCCUCUUCUCUGCGGUCCUCCGAGCACUGUUCCGCAAAUCUGACCCCAAGCGCUUCCAGAACAUCCUCACCACCAUCUUCACCCUCUUCACCUUGCUCACGCUGGAUGACUGGUCCCUCAUCUACAUAGACAGCCGUGCCCAGGGUGCCUGGUACAUCAUUCCCAUCCUCAUAAUUUACAUCAUCAUCCAGUACUUCAUCUUCCUCAACCUGGUGAUUACUGUACUGGUGGAUAGCUUCCAGAUGGCGCUGUUCAAAGGCCUCGAGAAAAUGAAGCAGGAGAGGGCCGCCCGGAUCCAAGAGAAGCUGCUGCAAGACUCACUGAUGGAGCUCAGAGCCGCAGAGCCCAAAGAGGUGGCGAGUGAAGGCACCAUGCUGAAGCGGCUCAUUGAGAAAAAGUUUGGGACCAUGACUGAGAAGCAGCAGCAGCUCCUGUUCCAUUACCUGCAGCUAGUGGCAAGCGUGGAGCAGCAGCAGCAGAAGUUCCGCUCCCAGGCAGCUGUCAUCGAUGAGAUUGUGGACACCACAUUUGAGGCUGGAGAAGAGGACUUCAGGCAGUGACCCCAGGAGGACACCAGAUACAGACUUCAACCCCUGGCAGUCUGCCCACCUGGGUGCACUGGGACGGAUCCCCAAAUCUGCUGGAAGGAUUGUCCAGGCCCUGCAGAGCGGGGGCCCCAAUAGAGUUUUUAAACCCCA